GUUCAGAUCCGAGAAAGCCGUUACGUGCUUCCUAAUUUCAGUCUGCUGAAGGUGAGUCUCGUAUGAAUUAUCGUUGCUGAGGAUGUCGAAAGUGAGCUCCAUGAGUUUGUCAUGACGAAAUGUCAUUAAGCAGUUGUUGAACUAUGUUGCUCAAAUAUCUCGUCUGAAGUAAAUGCUUUGAUCAAACGUGAGUACCGAGUGAUGUUCGCGCGUUGCAUAGUCGGUAAAGUCAAUGUUCUUCUCGGGUUCUGCUAGUCGUCGCGAAGCUUGGCGAUGAGACGCAACCUCGACUACUUGACUUGAUGAAAGCAUUUCCCGACACUACGAUGGCCAGUGAAACCGGAUUUAAAGGAACGGUUUGGGAUUUUAUCUGGUCCCUUCAUUUGUCAAGCGCCCCAUCGUAGCGGACAUAAAACGCAAACGCCACUGGAACGCAGAGAACGUACGUCUCGAUAAACGACAAAAUAAACGAGAAUGACUCGCGAAAAUAAUCUACUAUCCUUGGUACUUUCAACGGAGAAGAAUAUAAUUACACAUAUUCGCAUUAGCGCAUUGCAACAUGGUAUAUUUAUCAUCAUCGAUCUCCCCGACGUCGCUAUUAGCCCCCGACGAGCUGAGAGCCUGUGCGUACCGACCUCGGAGCUGGCAACCUCCCACGACUUCGGAGCUCACGCUUCAACCCUUUCCCUUCGUCUCUGCUCGAGCCAAUCGGGAGAUCGCGGCACGUUCCCGCGCCGGGGCCCAUAAGGCCCCGGCGUCGUCCGCAAUCACUUCACGUCCCACGAGUAACCGCCAUAUUGUUAGUGCGCGACUUUAACGCGAAUUAUGUGCGUCGGAACUCGCGUGGGAGAAAAUGGACAUAUUCGCUCGAUGAUCCAUACGAGUUUACGAUUCGACACAUAUCAACAACUUCGCGCUAAACCGUGGGCCCUACCACGCACGGAGCAGUUUUAACAACGAAUUGGUCGUGGAUACUCGGGAAAUCGUUAUAUCGGGCGACAUCAAAAAGGGACCGACCGGGAGCAAGGAUAGAAAGACAUUCAUUUCCUGUUGAGGGACAGAGUGAAAGUAAUUCGAAACGUAAAAUACAUAACAUACAGAAAAGAAAAUCAUCAUAGAAAUGAUUAUAACAAUAUGAGAUUUACGAUUAACAUUACAGAUGGAAGAAGAAGAAAAACAAAAAGACUCCCCGAUAUUUUAACUGAAACUUCAAAGCUUCACAAAAUCAGCUCUGUACUUCAGUGAGAAAGAUAACAAGGAUGAUUUUGCGAGAUGUCGCACGCAAGAAUCAACAAAGUUCUAUGCAAUGCAACAAUGUCACUAACUUGUAACCGAGAUACGAUGUGAUCUCGCGAUCUCUUGUGGUGCGUCAAGAUAACCGGAGUGCUACGCUCUCCGGAUUAUGCGUGCUUAUGACGUUCAAGUUUCACCUGGUGCGGCUUCGUCGGAUGAGUACGGCACUGAGCAUCCAUCCCAGUGAAAUGCGGCCCCGCGGCGAGAAAAACGGGGACCCGGCGUGUGGCGGCAGCGGCCGAACGAGCCAGGGCAUUAGCAGCGCGGUGUGCAGCCACAGCAGUCUCACGGCGACCGGUAAGAGGCCUUCGUGAGGAGAACGUGGAGCGGAUACGACGCCGCCGCCGCCGCGAACGAAUCGUGAACGAAACCCUGAAAACUGGGCCCACCGCCGUCGUGGCCGGCACACGUAGGUGCGAUCGACUGACAGCGCGCGGAAUGCGCGUGUUUUGCAAGAACUGGAGCCCGUGUGCGGGGGGAAACCUUUCAGCAACACCACGACAACGAAGACGACGGCGACGAUCAUAGGUCGAGGAUAUAGCGCGAGUUGGACGGCUUCGAGUCCGGUGUCAAUUAUGCUGGUGAGAUGACGGUUACGUAGAACUGAGUCACUCGGAGGUGAACGAUUCGUGAUUGAAACAACAUUCUGAGAUUAACCAAGGUAACCGGUGAUUGUAGGGAGAUAAAAACAGUCGAAUGUGUGAUUUGUGAAUAUUGAUAAAAAGCUACUAUGACUCGUGUGUUUCGCAGAAAUUUACGCUACACGAAGAAUGUGCUUCCGUGCCAAUAGGAGGGAGACGUGCGACAUGAUAAUGUGCACUGAUAAACAGAAACCAGCGUGAUUCGUGGGUUUGGGUUGGUACCGGCGACGUACGAAGGCAAAAGUGUUCUUUUCUCGACGAGUGACAUAUAGCGAAUGCUGACAGAAAGACGAUUGGAGCAAUUCGCGCUCAGUUGAGAUCUGCUACGCUCUAUCGAAACGUAGGAAGUGUUCUUUCCUUUACGAAAUCAUGGAGAAGUGGAGUAGAACGCGUGAAGAGAGAAAAUUAGUUGUGACUCGUGCUUCAGCGGAACUUUCGCUGUACUGAGGCGAAGGGUGCUCCUUCCCUUGGCACGAAACCGGAGAAAGAGACGGGACACGACGGUGAAUGCUUAUAGAGGGGAAUUGGUGUUACUCGUGGCAUACUCGUGGCCGGGGAUUAGUGCACGAAAGAGAGAGAGAGAAAGAGAGAGAGAGAGAGAGAAAGAGAGAGACUGGUAUGUCGAUUGUCAGCGACAUGGGCUUGAGUUUAAUGCGACGGCUGCGAUUGUGCGAUCGCGACAGUCUCCGUCGCAAGUGACGCUUACUUGCGUGUGCAAGUUGAACGGUAUCGUGGCAGGAUGAUAGUGAUCCCGAUGUUGUGUAUGUGUGUGUACGUGUGAGCGAAUAAUAUUCAACAUAUAGCACUGUAUAAAUGUAUUCAAUGAAUACAUUUGAACACAUACUGAGAACAGUGAAUAUUUCAGGAGGAUGUUGCUGUUGUCCAACUUUUACGACUAUCGAUUCAACUCUGAAGUGACAAUGUGACUCUCUCAAUUCCUUCUCCGAAGUGUAUAGUGCAUGUUUCAAGAUACGACUCGUAGUUAUCUGACACAAUCAAGGUGUGAUUUCUUCACCUUCAGCGAACGAUCACCUGUGACACGUGACUAAUUUGCGACGUGAAUAAUUUGGAAAAAGUCAUCAUUAGUCUGACUUAUCUCCGACCAAACACAAUUAGUUAUCUGGGAGAUAACUACUUCUUCUUUGUGUCUCUUCCUAGAUCAUGAUGUCGGCUACAAGACAGACAGUAGAGAUAACUGAAGAGGAAGGAACUGGUCAUAACUGAGUCAUAAACGGAUAAACUGAGUCAUAAACGUGACUCUGGCUAGAUUCCUUCGGCAAGGAUUACGGAAAAUUGAGAGAUUCUUCGCGAGAAACUCAUCGCUCAUCGCUCCGUUUCGUCACGACACGCGACAGCGAGGCGCCGUUGGCAGGUGCAGGUAUCCGUAAUAAGAAGCGCGCGAAAGAAGACGUGGGAGAGAGGAAGAGGCAAGAGAAAGAGUGAAAGAAACGAAUACGAGAGAGAAGAAAAAAAAAGGAGGCAAAGGGAGAGAGAGAGAGAGAGAAAGAAGCAGAAAUCGGCCGUCGAGAGAGUAGCGCCUCGCACGAGUAGGGCCCCCUACGGCGAUAAGGCGAGGUCCGUGAGGUUGGUGGAGGGAACGUAUGUAUCGUGCGGGGCCGGUCUCGCGGACCGGGCCUGCUCGUGAGAGACCGCGCACUGACCCAGAUUUCGGCGGGUCGAACGAGGCGAGCCGGCGCGAGGAGACCGCGGCGGACUUUCUGAAAUGGGACACGGCGCAGCCUGGAGCUAAAUUAGCCGCGAUGUCCAAUAAGAGUAAGUCCCAGCCGCAGCAGCAGCAGCAGCAUCAGCAGCCGCAUCAUCAGCAGCAGCACCAGCCGCAGCAGCAUCAUCCUCCUCCGCACGUGAUUAAGUCAGUGGACCAGCUGCCACCGCGUUACCAGCCGCCGCCACAACCUACCAGUGGCAUCCUGAAGAAUCAUCUUCACUUCGCCAGUGGAGCGUCGUCAGCGCCGAGCUCGGGCCAGACCGGCAGCAGUCAAGGUCCGGGCGCGACCUUGAGCCAUCAUCAGGCCACGCAACCGCGCACGUUGCCGUCUUCACAGCAGCAACACCAGCAACAGCAGCAGCAACAUCAGCAACAGCAGUUGACGCAACAGCCGAGCCAACAGCCACCGCAGCAGCAGCAACAGCAGUCACAGAAAGAUGCGCAGAGCAAGUAUUCGCCGAGAAUAGAGCAUCGUCACCAUCAUCAUCAUUCUCAGCCGGCUAACGCGUUGAUCGCCGCGUCGGCGGCGUCCAAGAGCGUCCAGCAGCAGCAGCAGCAGCAGCCGCAGCCAGCCUACCUCCAGCAGUCUAAGCUCGGUCAAGGCCCGUACUUGCCGCCCAGCAGCCAGUACCCGGCGGUAAGCAGCGGCCAGAGCGUGCCGGUCAGGCAGAGGAUCAGCGACGACGAAUUCCUGCGACUCGGCCCCGUGGAGAUGCUCAAGUUCGUGCGGAAGACCGAGAGUGAUAUCGCUAGGCUCGCCGCCGAGCAGAAUCGCCAAAUACAGAGCUUGCUGAACGAACUGCGAGCGUUGAAAGAGGCCAACCAAAGACUGAAUGACGACAACCAAGAACUGCGCGAUCUUUGCUGCUUCUUGGACGACGAUCGACAAAAGGGUCGCAAGCUAGCGAGAGAGUGGCAGAGGUUUGGUCGAUACACGGUGAGCGUUAUGCGCCAGGAGGUCUCGGCUUAUCAGAACAAACUGCGCCAGCUGGACAACAAGCAGCAGGAGCUGAUCAAGGACAAUCUCGAGCUCAAAGAGCUGUGCCUGUAUCUCGACGAGGAACGCGGCGGCGGGCAAAGGGACGACGGCGAUGGAUCAAGUUCGAGUACGAACGCCGAGGAGACUGCGCCGCCGAGGCCGAGGCAUGCUUCCACAUUUAACGACCAAACCAUGCAGUACGUAAGGAGUCUGGAACAACGGGUGAAGCAGCUGGAGGAGGACAAAAGCGUUCUCCAGGCCCGUGCGCAAGGUUGGGAAGUACCACCAGGUGAGGUCUGGGAGAGCCCUAGUAGUCCAAACGACAAUCCUCAUUUGGGAAGUCGACCGGAGGCCGUAGUACGAGCUCUUCAGGUUCUCGAAGUUCGAGAACAAUUGGAAAGAGAAGAAGGCCACGACGGUGAAAAGGCGUUGGUCAGAGAAAUGUGCAAUGUUGUCUGGCGAAAAUUGGAGGAAGGUCCGCAAGCGAGGCAUUAGCGAUUGCAUGAGCGGCCAUCUGUCAGAUUUUAAAUAUUAUUAAUACAAAGUACGCGCACGCGUUGUGUGGACAGAGCUUCGAUAAGUGUCUGAAGUGUAAUAGUAUUAUAUAGCAUAUGAUGUAAGCGGUACUGUGUAUCUAUGCUAUGUAGAUUUUUAUACGUGUACACUCAUUUGCGCAACGAUAAGCACAUGUCUCCGAUUGAAUUAGCGUAUCGAAACGCCUACAUUUACGAGCCAGUCACUGCUCAUGCCACUGCCGAUAUCGAUAUUGUGAUAGAAGCCGAGUGCAUACAUGGUACAAACAGUAGCCUUUUAUAUUAAAAUAAAAAAUAAAUAUAUAUAAUAAUGUGAAAUAUAAUAUAAAUAUAAAUAUAAAUACGGAAUAAGAUAAAAAACAUUUUUCUUGAGAGUUCUUUGUUGCAAUUGUGACAUUUUAUAUUUGCUGUUACUUUUCGACUCCUGCCAUGACAGAUUGCCACUUGAACUCACGAUUCCUCGAUGUGCUCGCAGCUUCAUCGAGAUAAGAAUGUGCAAACGAGUGUACAAUAAUCUCUCAGUGCGCGAAAGUACCGACAAUAUGUGUUUAUUUAUGCGGAGAUUGUAGCGUCGUUAGCUGUUGACCAGAUUUUGACUGU